UGCGACUUGGUCUAAAGAACCAAAGGCUUCUAAGAUCUUGUGGAGUUUAGUGUUCCUGUUCCCCCUGCUGCUGCUGCUGCUGUUAUCAGUUGUUUGGGAACUAUCGGGAAUGGAGUAAUAAAAUUCUUUUUUUUCAGCUGAGGUAAGCUUUCAGCUUUUGUGUACUGACAGGGUUUAUUGUUCCUUGUGAAAAAAAAAAAAAAAACUUGAUUCCACACAGUGAGAGUUGUAGCACAGCUACAGGAAUUUCCAUUCUUUUUCCCCUGAUCUGCAUGACAAUGCUUGGAGGAAUCGGGGUGGAGGGGCACCCCAUAAUAUUAUCUUUUGUUUCAGAUAGAAACACGGGGGCUUUGAUGUGAUGGUAAGUGGGAAGAUGAUGUGCAUUGCCAAGAUAUACAGCUCUCACUGUAGCAGGCAGCUUUGACAUAACUGACAGAAACACUGUCUUGGGGGACGCCAAGAUUUGUGGAUUAGACAAGGAGGAAAUACAUAGGUGAUUAAAGAGAAGACAUACAGUUCUUUUAUUUCGGCAAACUGCUUUCCCAUAGCUGCUUCAUUUUUCCCCUGCCUGCUGCAGGCUAAUACUAAAUAAAUCUCCCCAGAGUCAAACAAGAAGACAGAGAUCGACUGCUUUUGAGACUGUAGGAGGUGGAGGAAGAAGUUUAAUUGUUUGCAACAAGACAUUGUAAUCUGUUCAUAUAGGCUAAAACCUGAAAAAACAAACAACAUAAGUCAAUGUGUUUUCCACCUCUGCGGUGUGGAACAUCACUUUAAAUUAGAAUUGCAGCUUGUAGGAGGAAUCAACGUUUUCCUGGAGAAAUUGUGAGUUACCAGGCGCUGUCUUUUUUGUGUUGGAGUGAAAGCGAUUGUGGCUGGUUGAUCUCCUGCUGGGUUGGACUCAAGCUUGAUACAAGUUUAGACAAAGUGCUCGGAGGCAGGCUGGCCACCCUUUAGGGGGGCUCCUACGCAAAUGCUGCUUUAAACAAAUGGCCCGUGGGGACCAGAAUUAAGUGCUGUGGUGCCUUGCUCUUGCAGAAGGGAAAACUAUUUGGCACUGCCUGGACUGCAUUGCAAAUAUAACUGCUUAUAUAACCCACCCUUCAGCUGUACUUGAUUUGUAUUUGACCUGCAAUAUUAAAAUCUAGAAACCAAGAUGGGGAAGCAGAACAGCAAGCUCCGCCCAGAAAUGAUGCAGGAUUUAUUGGAAAGCACGGACUUCACAGAGCAUGAGAUCCAGGAGUGGUACAAAGGCUUUCUCAGGGAUUGCCCCAGCGGCAACUUGUCAAUGGAAGAGUUUAAGAAAAUUUACGGGAACUUCUUCCCUUAUGGGGAUGCUUCCAAAUUUGCGGAGCACGUUUUCCGCACCUUUGACGCCAACGGAGAUGGAACAAUCGAUUUCAGAGAGUUCAUCAUCGCUCUCAGUGUGACGUCAAGGGGAAAGCUGGAACAGAAGCUGAAGUGGGCCUUCAGUAUGUAUGACCUGGACGGAAACGGCUACAUCAGCAAGUCAGAAAUGCUGGAGAUAGUUCAGGCAAUUUACAAGAUGGUAUCCUCGGUAAUGAAAAUGCCAGAAGAUGAGUCGACUCCUGAGAAAAGAACAGAGAAGAUUUUUAGGCAGAUGGACACCAAUCGAGAUGGUAAACUGUCGUUGGAAGAGUUUAUCAGAGGAGCGAAGAGUGACCCCUCCAUAGUCCGUCUGCUCCAGUGUGACCCCAGCAGCGCAGGCCAAUUCUAAACCCAAGGAAAUAAUGGAUUGUAUUCAGUGCUUUUGUUCUCUUUUUCUUUUGCCAAACCUCAUCAGGAAUGGCGACGUCGCCUCUGUACGGCUUACUAUGCCUUUCUCUUGUGGCAUUUCUCAGCUGUUCUAAUGUUCUGGAACAAAUUUAACAACAGUUGUUUUAUUUCUGUACACGGGGAUUGGAAAACAACACCAAACAAAGUCUGUGUGACUGAAGAAUGCUGUGUUAGGGUACUUUGAUUUAUGCAGAAGUUUUACUGAUAAUGGUCUGAGUUGUUAUAAACAUUUUAUAUGUAUCCCUUUAAUAAGCAUGUAUUGACAGAUAGGGACAGUUGCUUAGUAGUGGGUUAAAAAAAUCAACUGGGAACCUAGGCUAAAUAACUGAAGGUUUGCAGAAGUCAGAUGAAACUGUUUCUUUGGACAGGGGAUUACAGACCGUCAGGAGCUGUAAGAAAAGUUUUGUAAUGUAGGAUGUGUAAGCAGUGUAGCUUUAGUCAAGGUAUUAUUUCUUCAUAGUUCUGUUUUUGUAGAUGAUGGUUCUUAAUGUGUUUUAGGUAGCUUUUUUGUUAUGGCUAGUGCAAUUUUGAUACUGUAGCCAGUGUGGCUACACUAAAGUAAGAAAUAUAACUGUGCUACACUUCAGGAUUUUCUUUUUUUUUUUUUUUCUUGGACUGCCACACAGCAGCUGUCAAAGUGCUGACUGCUGGAGGAAUAGUUUUACAUGUUGCUAAUAAAAGUUAGAGAUUUUUGGAGAAAGACAGAGUUCAUUUUAGAUGGUUGGAUCCCACAGUUAAAAAAAGAAAGAAUAUAAGCCCAAGAACAUGUAUUGAUCCCCUUUUCAACUGAGGUCUGAGUAGGCAAGGAUAAGUCUUAAGCCUUCAACAAUGCCAUUGAUGUGAGGGAAGCUGAGACCCAGUUUCAAACACCACAGUUGUUGUCACAGGACCCUUUGCUAUCAAGCUGAUGGAAAGACACCCAUCCCGUCAAUGUUGCUGUGACAUCAUUAUGGCUGACUGGGGCUAGAACAGUGAUUUCACAAUAUAUUAGUUACUGGCUUUAGUUACUACUAAAUUACUGGCCUUCACCAUUGAGUGUGAUAUUCCCAGAAACAAAUUGUGAUGUCAUUUAGGGACAUAAAAGUAAACUCCUGAUUUCAUGACGAGAACAGAGUGAGACAAGAAGGGAGAGCAGGUGUAUGGGACAGAUUAGGGUAACUAUACUCAACAAAAAAAAGUUUUCCACCAGUGGUUGUUAGAUGCAAUAACUUAAAUGAAGUUGAACGUACCAACCACAGAUGUUGAUAUAAUUGAAGGCGAUUCACAUCCAAAGGUUUCACAAAAACACAGGCUUUAUUGGCCCAAAAAUUGUCUAGUACAGGAAAGCUUAAACAAUGGUGUGGUCAAAAUGGUGCAGUCAAUAAUAAGUACGGCCGCUUUCUGCUUCCACUAAAGCAAUGCAAUGCUGUCGCAUGCUUCUUAUCAGUGUCUAAAUUGUUCUUUGUGGAAUCACAUCCCACUCAUGCUGCAGUGUGUCAGCCAGCUGUCGCACCAGCUCAUCCCAUAUAUGUUAAAUUGGUGAGAGAUCAGUGGCUCUGGUUGGCCAUAGCAAGACAUUGAUGUUCUCUCUCUGCAACCAGGCAGUGCAAGGUCUACAUUGUCCUGCUGGAACAUGAAUGCCUGAUGCUGUUGCAUGAAUGGCACCACCACUGGCUGUAAAAUCUGAUUGCAGUAUUGUUAUGCAUCCAUUAGUAACCUCUAGCUGUGUCCUACACCAGAGUGAAUCCCACCCCAAACCAUCACACUGCCUCCGAUUAAAGCAAGAUUAAAAAGGACAUGUUGCCACUGAUUUGCGAUACGCCUCUGUAGUACUCUAGCUCACUGCAAAUGUUCCUGCCUGUUCCUCAGAGGUAGUGGUACCCCCCCCCCCCCCCCACUAGUCUUCUGGCCCACAGCUGUGCAUGCCUCAGGCGGUUCUGCACCAUAUGUGAUGUCACCCGCAUGCCUGUUGCUGCUUGUAGACGCCCUGCUAGGAUUGUAGCAGGAAAAAUCUCGUAUGGCAACAUACUGGUCUUCUCUACCUCCAGUGGCUCUGGGACAUUCCAGUAACAUUGUUUCAUUGCUGCAGUCUGACAAUGGUAGAGUGGUGAACACACAACUGACCAGCAAUAUAACGUAUGCUUCGUCCAGCUUGAAGCAUGACCAGGGCACAGAAGCAGUCAUUUAUUGGUAAAGACCUCCUUUUAAAAGUCAAGCAGUGCUAACUGAUGUAUCAUGUGAUUAGCAGGUGCUUUGAGCACCUGACCAUAAAGAAGGUACUGGAAAUUCAACAAAACAACAAUUCAGUCGACCAUGGUCGUGCACCAACUUAUUCAUGCAUGGUUAGGAUAUUGACACUGCAGUGCAAUAAUAUUAUGCAACGACAAAAAGUGGUGCAAAACUGUUUUUGUUGAGUAUUUUCUAUGGAGGGAGCAAAAUAGUAAUACUGAAGAAAAGAGAGUAUCCCAAGAUAUUCAGAAAGACAUUAUAUUGACCUAAACCUCAGGUAUAAGUAUAUUGAUAUAUUUAUAUAAAAUAGCUUAUUAAAACCCAGUGUAGUUUCUCCAUGAUGUCUCCCAGUUCCCCAGUGGUUUUUCUACCUGUUGUGUAGCAGAAGUGCACUUUUUGUGCAAAUUUGUUACAGCAAGUGCCAUGCUGCACAGCAGCUUAGAGCAGGUAUGGGUUCAGAUUGGGUUGGAAUACAGUAUUUCUGGUACAGGAUGUCUUGCUUUGCUGCCUUCUUAUCCAGCGCAGACCGUGGUUGGGUUAGAGCAACACAACUAUUUGACAAUACACGUAAAAUUAUGUAUUGUCAAAUAAGAAAGUAAAAGUUUAAUUAAACUAUACUUCUGAGUCCUUAUGUGACAAUUUCAUUGUUUUGUUAUGUAAGAAAAUGCUUCAUCUUAUUUUAUGUUAAUAAGGCACCAGGCUGCUUAUUAACAUUGCUUUUAUGGAUCUGUUGGUGUGUUGGACUCCAUUUUGUACCUCGGUGUAAUGAUUCCUUUCUGAUGUACAUUUGGUUGGUUAGUUUUAUGAUCUUUUUGUCAGACUAAUUGUUGCUUAUGACUGUCAAAGGAUGGUCUUUCUCAAUAAGGGGAGGUUCAGUGUGUUUGUUGCUUUUAGGCAAAUUCCUUAUGUAGUCGAUUAUUUGUGUGAUUCACCAGGAAAGCUAAAAUCUAAAGCUGUAUGGAGAAGAAUUCACCACUAAAAAAAAGCUGCUUUUCUUAGAUUCAGGGUUGUGAAAAACAAAAACACUCAAAUUAAGAAAUGAUAGGCUGUACCGUGGUUCCAGCAAGUUAGGAGGCAAAUCAUAUGAGUACAAAUUUAUUCCUACUUAGGAAUUUCCUAUCAAAGACAAAAGGCACUAAAUUAAUUUAUUAGCCCUUUAUUUAAGAGUGGCAUUCAAAUUCCAUAUGGUGCGACCCCAGACCCAUGUUCGGCAGGAACUUUUCACAAUCUAUGGCGUGAAAACUUACAGGUGACUAAUAUUGGUCCACCCAGUACUUGCAUGUAAAUGUACGUGUAGUAUAUUUAACAUUUGGUUUCCAGAUUCUCAUGUUCAGUCCUUGUAUCGAUUUGCUUCCAGGACAAUACUGGGUUUGUACCACAAACCCUGGAAGGCUUGAAUUGAUGCAGAGCAAUUCCAAACAAGCAUUGAGAAGAGAAGAAUGUGGGAAGCAGCAGUAAUACCUGACGCGUGUUGCAAAAAGAAUCUCUCUUUUUAAAAUUGUAUUUUUGGAAUUGAGAGAAACACGAAUUAAAUUAGAAAAAAUAAAAAUAAAAUCUAAAGACUAUUUAGAAAUUUUUAUUGAUAAAACCAUAUUAGGAUAAACGGGGCACACUGUAAAAUGACCCGUUUUAUGUUCUUGGUUUUUCCAGCAUCAAGCUGUUCCCUUACAGUGGACGAAUUACAGUAAUUGAGAAUUGGUGCAACGUUACAGGAACAAAAUGUCUUCUAAAUUGAACUAGAGUUAUGAUCAGUGGACCACAUAUUUACUAAGUGUGUAAUUUUAGUGACAGUUAGUCUUGCAUAAAACAAACAAAAGUCGUAUGUUCCUCAUUUCUAUAAAGUCCAUCAAAUCCAGCUACAUUCAUUUAUUUUAUUUAAUGCUUCCAUUUAUAUAUCACACAGAUGUCAAUGAAUCUGAUUAUCAUUUGUCAACAUGAUUGUGUGAAAGUAUAUUGUGCUUUUUAAAAGUGUCUGAGCAUUGCUAUUGUAAAGAGUGUAAAGAGAUUUCGCUGAGCUCCUUAUUUGACACUGGGCUCCAACAGAAAGCACUUAUCAAAAAAUAAAGAUUACAUUUUUAUUUUUUUUAUUUUUUUAACACAAUGAUGCUAUUGUUUGAAAAGUGAGUGAGUUAUAUUUGUUUUAAAAAGAAGAAGAAAAAACACUUUAAUUCUGUCAUUAGUUUGGGUAGGUGAUCUUGUAUUUAGUUGCAUUUGUAAGUUUUGGGUCAGCCUGAGUAUCUUAAUUUUCAGUUUAGUUUAAGCAACAACAAAAAAUCAGAAUUCAAAAAUUUUAAUUUUAAAUGUACUAAACUCUUGAAAAAUAAGAAUAUUUUAACUGCUGCUCAUAAUUCUAACAUCUUUUAAAAUAAAAUUAAAGAUUUCUUUCUUACAGUAUACUGUACUUUGUUCUAAACCAGGAUUGCCUAUGUAACUUUCUAACAAGUUCCUGUGUUUAAUUUGCUGAAGUGCUGUAUUGUGUUUGAGGCAACAUACAGUAACAUAACACUGUAUUAGGAUUUUAUUACAUAAUUUAUGUGUUUAGUUGUUUUUACUCUUUUAUAACAGCAGUCUCUUUGACUAACAGCUUCUGGUACUACAGUAAAAAAUUAAACAAACUAUUCUUCUAAAAUAAUCUAAACUUAGAAUGAAAGCUUCAUCACUCCCAAGCUACCCAUCUCUAGUUCCAAAUUGUUGACUGAGAUGGGAAGAGAAAGCCUUUACUAUGCCUGUGAGAGAGAUUCACCUCCAGAUCAGCUCCAAACACCACUUCCAGAAGAGUAUCACAGACUAAUGAAAGGCAUCACACCAGCUUUAUUUUGGAAGGGUAACGUUUGAAGGCCCAGGGUCUGGGGAUUGAUCUAAACAGCAGAGGAUCAAAAUACAGCUGUAAUUUAAAUAAUUAAAAUAUAAUUAAAAUAAACUAAGGAG